UAUUACUCAGAAAUUAACACAGAAGUUCGAUACAUUUUAAAGACGAGCCGUCAAUCUCCGCUUUGAGAAAAUGUGCGAAAUCUAUAUGAAAAAUGUAUAAAUAUUCAAGGAUCUACCUGUUUGAGAAACAACUUUGAUUAUUUUAUCAAUUCACUCGCUGCUAAAUUAUUAGAACUAAAUAAUACACGUAUAUUGUUUUUCGGUGAAAAGAAAAGAAAUUGUUUUCGCAUAGUAUCAACGAAUGUCGAUGCAAUAUUGUUUCAGAUUCGAUUGAAUUUCUACAUACAUAUAUUGCGUCGAAAGUAAUUCCGGAUUAGAAAGUUGCUCAAGUUUGUUUCAAACUUCUUUAAUAAAUUCAUCGAAACAAUGAGGAAGAGGACGUAAAUAAAUGACACAGAAAGAAACACAUUUUGCAGAUCUAAUAUUGAAAAUAUAGAUCUUCCCAUAUUUAACAACGUGUUAGACAUAAAGAGGAUAGGAUUAAUGAUUUGGCGUCGAUCGCGACUGGAUGCAGACGGAUCAGAGAGCGCUCGGGAGAAAAUCCCACGCUCCCGCGGCAUCGGUAGCCAGUCGCCAUGGUAACAACCAUGCGAGAGUCAUGUCGCCGCCGCGCGCUGCGAAACGAAGGAACGACGGCGCCCGAGGGCGGCCGAGGUCUGCCGAGCGCGGCACGAGACGGGAACCCGAGAGCGGCCGAUCGUAGGAUAGAACGAGAGAUCAGUCGCGUCUCGGCCGUGCGGGAGGAGGACAGGUGGUGCGGUUAGGUAGAAGUAAAAGCAGGAGAGUAGUCGGCGUGUCGUAGGUGGGGACGGAGCCCUCCCCUGCCGCGUCGCAGAAGCAACGAGCGGUUCUCGGUCCCCGACCGACCGGCCGGAGUAAGCGGAGCCACGGUAGGCGGAGAGGGAAGGAAUCGCGCGGCGCACGGGCGAGACGGAGAGGACGAUAGAGGGGGAGGACUCGGGUGAGAGAAAGAGAGGCAAGGAAAAGGGAGCAGCAGCAGCUCGGCGUGGAACGCGCGCGCCGACGUGUCCUCGCGUGCUUGUGUCGCGUCGUACGGCGUCGUAUCGUAUAGCAGAGAGCGCGGCCAUUACGACAGAGAGCCGUCUCCGGCGACGCUCGGCAACGUUGGUUGUGUGGUAACGCGAGAGGAGCGAGCGCGAGUGAACGCGAGAAAAUUACCGACGCGCUCGCCGUCGCCGCCGCCGCCGCCGCCGCCGCCGUCGUCGUCGUCGUCGUCGUAGUGUCCGAGCGGAGCGUGAGCACGUGUGCGCACGCGAGACAGAACGAAUUAACGUAUACGCCGCCGCCACCGCUACCGAGGGGUUGGCGUUACGCGAGUGAGAACGAGGAAGCGCGGAAGCUGCCGAACGCGCACACGGUAGUAGGAUUGUACGAGGUGAGUUCGAGAUCCGUGACUGUUGGAGCGGUGUCGACGAUCGGACGCGUGUCGCCGUUCGGUAUAUACGCGUGGUGUGUUUGCGCGCGCGCGCGUGUUGCGUAUAUACGUAGAAGAAAUUGAGAAAGAAACGGAGAGGACCUAAUCAGCCGCCACCAUGUUCGACGUGUUCGGCUCGGUGAAGGGGCUGCUCAAGCUCGAUUCGAUCUGCAUCGACAACAAUGUGUUCCGGCUGCACUACAAGGCCACCGUGAUCAUGCUCGUGAUAUUCUCCCUGCUGGUGACCUCCCGGCAAUACAUCGGCGACCCGAUCGACUGUAUCGUCGACGACGUGCCGCUCCACGUGAUGGACACCUACUGCUGGAUCUACUCGACCUUCACGAUCCCGGACCGGACCGGGAUCAUCGGCAAGGACGUGGUGCAGCCGGGGGUCGCCUCGCCCAACGAGCACGACGAGAUCAAGUACCACAAGUACUAUCAGUGGGUCUGCUUCACCCUCUUCUUCCAAGCGAUCCUCUUCUACGUGCCGCGCUACCUGUGGAAGGCGUGGGAGGGCGGCAGGAUCAAGAUGCUCGUCCUCGAUCUCAAUUGCCCGGUGAUCAACGAGGACAAGACCGACGACCGGCGCAAAUUGCUGGUCGAUUACUUCGCUUUGAAUCUGCACUCGCAGAACGUGUACGCGUACCGCUUCUUCCUCUGCGAGGUUCUCAACUUUGUCAACGUGGUCGGCCAGAUCUUCUUCAUCGACUUCUUCCUGGACGGCGAGUUCACCACGUACGGCUCCGACGUUAUCAAGUUCACGGAGAUGGAGCCGGAGGAGCGUAUUGACCCCAUGUCCAAGGUCUUCCCGAAGGUGACCAAGUGCACGUUCCACAAAUACGGUGCUUCCGGCACGGUGCAGAAGCUCGACGGGCUCUGCGUGCUGCCGCUCAACAUCGUCAACGAGAAGAUCUACGUGUUCCUCUGGUUCUGGUUCAUCAUCCUGUCGAUCCUGAGCGGACUCAGCCUGCUCUACCGCGCGGCCGUGAUACUCGGCCCGAAGCUGCGGAUGGUGCUGCUGCGCGCGCGCUCGCGCCUCUCGCCGCACGACCAGAUCAAGAUCAUCAGCGACAAGUGCCAGAUCGGCGACUGGUUCGUCCUUUAUCAGCUCGGCAAGAACAUCGAUCCGCUCGUCUACAAGCAGCUCGUCUGCGACCUCGCGACCAAGCUCCAGGGUAAGGAGAACGUGUAACGUCCGAGGGACGCUCCCUCGAAAACGAGUUCUCCGGAGGGUUCCUCGUCUCUCUCCCCCCGCGCGAGUCAAGAUACUCUGCCACCGACAGAGGGAAGAAGCGAACGGUAGGAGCGUCUCCAGAUUAGGGAUGAGAGUAAGAGACAAAGAUGUAGAAGGAAGGAGAGAGAGAGAGAGAGAGAGAGAGA